CCAACUGUGGAAGCGUUGCUGCAACCGUUAUUAUCAAUAAACGAACUGAAUAUAACAAAUUGCAACCAUUUUGCGUAAUCCUCUGCGUAAUACAUUUCCACCCCCUAAAAAAAAUCGCGCAUCAAGUUCGGACGUUUUCGUCGAGUGCGGUCACUGACUGGGUUGCGGUCACAAGAUGCGAAGACGGAGCGCCGACGUCUGAAGGUGAAAUGAACCUCUGGAUGAUCAAGAACAGGAGUACUUUGAUCAAGAAGUGGAGAUAGCAACUUAAAAACCAUCAGGGCUUUAUAAAACCACCGUCCGUACUAUAGCUUAGUUUUAUUCACGCAAUCUAGUUAUUGACUAAUUAUUUAAUUUGAACAAUAACAAAAAAUUGUCCCCGACGGGUAGACAGAGAACGUAACAAUGGCACAUUUAAUCCGAAGCAAAUUUCAAAAUAAACUGUCAAAUGCGGCCACCUCCGUGUCGAAUAAAUCCACGGCGAAGGUGAGCGGCAUGAUGGCCAGGAUGGGCUUCCAGGCCGCCACAGACGAGGAGGGACUGGGCUUCGCCGCAUGCGAUGAUUUGGAUUACGACCACCGGCAAGGACUGCAGAUGGACAUCAUGAAAUCGGAUGAAAUGGGUGGUGGUGACACUGGAGAGGGGAGCGGAGAGGGUGGGAUGGGUGGAGGAGAAGAUGGAAUGGCGGCUGGGGACAGCCACUACCAGAGAGAUGGCACCGGCCCUCCGCUCUCCGCUUCUAAAGCCUCAGGUCUGGGAGAAGAAGAAAAAUCACCGAAAAUCACCGCGUGGGAAGCUGGCUGGAAUGUCACGAAUGCAAUCCAGGGGAUGUUCGUUCUGGGUUUACCAUACGCCAUUCUCCACGGGGGAUACCUCGGACUGUUUCUCAUUAUUUUCGCCGCCGUGGUGUGUUGCUACACGGGGAAAAUCCUCAUCGCCUGCCUGUACGAGGAGGACGAAGACGGUCAGCUGGUGCGUGUAAGGGACUCAUACGUGGACAUUGCAAACGCCUGUUGUCAACCGAGGUUUCCAUCUUUAGGUGGCCAUAUCGUGAAUGUAGCCCAAAUCAUCGAGCUGGUGAUGACGUGCAUCCUGUACGUGGUUGUGAGCGGAAACCUAAUGUACAACAGCUUUCCCACCCUCCCCAUCUCACAGAAGUCCUGGGCCAUCAUGGCCACCGCCGCCUUGCUGCCCUGCGCCUUCCUGAAGAACCUGAAGUCCGUGUCAAAGUUCAGUUUGCUGUGCACUAUCGCGCACUUCGUCAUCAACAUCCUGGUAAUUGCCUACUGCCUCUCUAGAGCGCGCGACUGGGCCUGGGACAAAGUCAAAUUCUACAUCGAUGUGAAGAAGUUCCCCAUUUCUAUUGGAAUCAUCGUGUUCAGUUACACGUCUCAGAUUUUCCUUCCGUCACUCGAGGGGAACAUGGUGAAACCAAGCGAGUUCCACUGUAUGAUGAACUGGACCCACAUCGCUGCAUGCGUCCUCAAAGGCUUGUUCGCCCUUCUGGCUUACCUGACCUGGGCGGAUGCCACCAAGGAGGUCAUCACCGACAACCUGCCGUCAACCAUCAGGGCUGUUGUGAACCUUUUCUUAGUGGCCAAAGCUUUACUGUCAUACCCAUUGCCAUUCUUCGCCGCGGUUGAAGUAUUGGAGAAAUCAUUUUUCUGUGAACGAGAACGCACAUGGUUCCCAGAUUGCUAUGGAGGCGAUGGAAGGCUGAAAGCCUGGGGCCUCACUCUCAGAUGCACCCUUGUGGUGUUCACGUUGCUCAUGGCCAUUUAUGUACCGCAUUUUGCUCUUCUCAUGGGUCUGACCGGCAGCCUGACGGGCGCGGGGCUUUGCUUUCUGCUCCCCAGCCUCUUCCACCUCAAGCUACUAUGGAGAAAGCUUCUAUGGCACCACGUGUUCUUUGAUGUCGCUAUAUUUGUAAUAGGGGGCAUAUGCGCCAUCUCUGGUUUCAUCCACUCAAUGGAGGGACUAGUAGAAGCUUACAAGUAUGGCAUAGAAGAUUAGCCAAGCCACUGUCUGCUGGAUAUCGAUGUUUUUGCACAUCCCCUUAUAGUGUAUAACUGAAAUCCCCACUGAGCGCAGUCAGUGCAUCCCUGCUUACAGAAUUCAUGCGAAAUAAAUGCGUGCACCGAAAUGCAGUGCAAAAGCACUCAUUACACACACACACACAGUGGGACAGAGUCUAAAUAUGAUAUGGACAAUUCAACUUGUAAUGUAUAAAUAUGAGAACAACAUGCAUAUCCAUAUUUUUCAGUGGAGUGAAGGUUUACAAUAGUUCAAUCGACCUAAACAAAAUUGCAAAAUGGGACACGUUUCUUCAUCUCUCUGUGGUGUUUUCCCAUCUUGAGAGACAUUUAAUUUGAAAUGCAAGUAUGUGGUUUUGGACGACAAUUUGACGGCAUCGUGACUAAAUGGUAUAAACAAAGUUGUGUGUUUGAUAUGAUGGCACUUUCUUCUACAUGAUUUUCAAUGUUUCAGUGGGCAGUGAAUGUGAUUAUUAAUUAACACAUUGACAUACAAUAAUGUGGACCUAUUAUGAUGGGAACUACUAAAAUGGCAAUACAUUAUGGGCUAUCAGCAAGACAACGUAAAUAUAAUACAUAUCGUGAAUGAUGAAACAGUGUGUUAAUGAAUACUAGGAAUAUCCCAAAUAUCUUUGAGAUUUAUUUAGAAGUCAUUUGUAUUCUCUCCAAGCGCUAUUUCGAAACAGCAUUAGCUACAUUGAAUGUAUAAUAUUCAGACAAAAGAAAAGUGUUCAGGAAUUAGGACGCGGAAAAGAAAACGUUCACAACCUGAGUAAGGAAAGACGUGUUUUGGAAAUUUGAAUAAACAUUUAAACACAUGGUUAGGCCUAAACACAUAUCGCACAGGUUAUGAAAUUGGGAAGAAAAAAAGACGGAAAAUGCCUGUGAAGUAAUAGGCUGUGUCAUUAUCGUUUGAAGAAGGUCCCACAAGUCCGUCACUUGACCGAUAUUCGCCACAUGAUUAAGAUCACCAUGGAAUUCGGUCACUGUAAAUUCGAAUUUAUCCCCUAAUGUUUCAUAUUAUAAUGCAUUUUACUUGUAAACUAUACCUGCGAGAUUAAUUGAAAUGAUUCGAUGUCCGGAAUUAAGUGUCUGAAUCAUACACAUAUGAAGAGAUCAUGAAAAUAAGAAAAUGUGCAUAAAGACAUUUUUCAUUCUGCACAAUCCAACGGUCCUGUGGAAAUGUUAUAAAACCGUAUGUGUAGUGUAUUGUGGUUUCAAAAAGAUGGAAUGUAAAUCUCAAAUCGUGAUCAUAUAUCGUGAAAAUGAAUAUUAAAGAAUAAAGAAACACAUUAAAUUAUAUCAUAUACAUUUGUGUGGUGGGUUUUAUGUGAUAAAAACGAAAAACCGUGAGAACAUGUACACUGAACAAAAAUAUAAAUGCAACAUGUCAAGUGUUGGUCCCAUGUGAGCUGAAAUAAAAGAUCCCAGAAAGUUGACAUACAAAGAAAAAGCUUAUUUGCACAAAUGUGUUUACAUCCCAGAUAGUGAGCAUUUCUCCUUUGCCAAGAUAAUCUAUUCACCUGGCAGGUGUGGCAUUUCAAGAUUAAAGCUGAUUAAACAAAAUUAUCAUUGUACCUUGUGCUGGGGACAAUAAAUGGCCACUCUAAAAUUAGCAGUUUUGUCACACAAUGCAAUGCCACAGCUAUGGGGAGCA